GGCAGUUUUCCGAUCUAUUUGCAUGUUUCAAGUGGUGUGCAACGAUUUCGAGAAAAAUUUCGCUAUAUAUGUAUAUAUAUAUAUAUAUAUAGUCUUCUGGAAUCUAGUAGAGUAUAUUUCAUAUUUCAAUAGUUACUCGGACCAAUUCAGUUUACCCAAAAAUGACUGAAGGAGAAGAGGUCUCAUUGAAAAGCAAAAAACGUCCCGCACCAGAUCAGGAAAAUCCAAAUGAAGCUAAAAAGGUGAAACAUUUCAACGCAAAAGAGUUUAGGAAACAACUAAAUUCCAAUAGUAAGCUGCAAGCUCUUCAAGAUUUUUUGAAUGCCAUUAAGAGUGAGACGUCUAGACGAGAUUGUAUUACAGACUAUCUACAGAAUGGAGGCAGUUGUAUUGAACUCCUCCAAACCCUUGAGUUCGAUUCCUCUCUACCACCAUCCCUAGUCUUUGAAAUUGUAGCCUAUGUUAUCCUAAAAAUUGGGGCCUCAUGUGCCCAGCACUUAAACUCGUCUCAAGAAGCAUGUCGAUACCUGCUCAACAAUUAUGUAGCAGUCGUCAAUAAAAUGAUAAAUUUGAGCUCAACCACCCCAGAAAGAAAAGCAUGUUUAAAGUUACUUACUGCAAUGGUGACAUUAUCACCUGCUUUGGCUAAGGAUGUAUUGGUGCACGUUGGUUUCCAUCAAACAAAUGUUGAAUUGUUAACAAAACAUACAGGGGAAAAGAAUAGUGUAAGGGAUCAUUUUAUAAGGUUUUUAACUGCAUUUCUGGUUGAUGGACAUUAUCCCGCACUAUCUAUGUUAUUGGAGAAAAAGGGGUUCAUAACAAGUAUCGUGGGAGGAUUACAGUAUGACAAUGCUGAUACAUUGUGUAUGGUCAUCAAUGCAAUGAAGAAUUUCAUACUAGAAAACACAAGUGUAUCAAAAACUGCCAAAAUGAAGACCUUUAACACCACAGUUGUUAGGGAUAUAGUAAAUCUAUACAACUGGAAAGGACCUUCAGGAUUUAGGAAUGAGAAGAAGAACAAAAAUAAGAGCACUAGUUUUACAGUAGAUGAGGUAGAGAAAGCAAAAGUGAGUGAAUGUGUUCAUGAUUUUCUGUUGGUGCUAUGCUGCUCUCACAGAUAUGGUGUAAUAUUCAAAGAUCAUAUGCUUGGAUUAGCCAAAAAAACUCAGAACCCUCUUAUGUAUACUGUUCUAGAAAGUUUAGAAAGACCAUGGGAUCACUCGUAUGCCUCUGAGUUGGUCACAAAGAUAUGUGGUGCCUGCCCUGACCUAGCCAAAACAAUAUGGAAGAAUUUAAAACCUUCCUUAGAACCCAGAUAUUCUGAAAAAUGGUUAAAAGCUGUUGAAUUUGCAAAAAACCUCAUCAAAGAGUUUCACCCAUCUUGUAUAGAAUUUUGUCUCAAGGAACUUAGCCCAUAUCAGAUUUUCCAGGUGACACAGUGUUUGGUAGCACCUCUGCCAAUCAUACAAACCAUAAUACCAGAGCAAGGUUCUUUUGAGAGCAGUUUAGUUAAAAAUAUAGUAUUAUCUUUGAUCUUAGAGAUGCUCAAAGCUUUGGAACUUUACCUGAACAAUAUGAAGUCCUGGUUAUCUAAUGAAAAGUAUGAGAAAUACUGUGUUUGUAUUAAUAACUAUGUUGGGAAAAAUUUCCCACACCCCACAAUCAUCUUGAAAGAUUGGAAUAAGUUUGAAGAAAUUAAAUUAAAGUGCGCUAACGAUCUUAUAAAAAGUUCAUUUAGCAUUUUUGGCCUAUAUAAAAAACUGUCGCCACCUUUGCUUAGCAAAUUGGCCAUAUUUGACAUAAAAGAACUAUUGACAUGGAUUGAAACUAUGUUUCAAGAUGAUACCAGUGUUCUAAUGGAUGCCAUCAAUAUCUUCAUUGAUAUAGACUGCUCAAAGUUCACUACAAAAACUAAAUUGUUCUCUCAUGUAGUUCCACUAUUACUAGAAUUAUAUCAUGGUAGUCGAGACUCAAAUUGCUUAUUGGUAUUAACAAAACUUUUAAGAAAUACAUUUAUUUUUGAUGGGUGUGAAAGUGAAAUACCACUUUGGAUCAACGGGAUCUUAAAUUUGAAAAGUUAUGAUCAGGAAGUUGCUCAAAAUAUUGUUGAAAUUUUUAAAAUCACCGACCAUAGUGUCAAGCAAUAUUUAAAUCAGUUAGCAUCUUUUACUAAAAAAGAGGAUGCUGACAUUUGUCUAGAUGUUGCAGAAUCAUUCCAGAAUUUAGAAAUUGACACAACUAUAGUUAUCAAACACAGGUAUUUUAGUCCCAUGAUUCUAGGCUUGUCAAAAUUUAUAAAUGAACACGGAUUCACUAAGUCGCUAAAAACUUAUUCGACAUUAGUUCUUUUAAAUCUGUUUCACAUGCAGACUGACGUUUUGCCUUUGACCAACUGCCUGAAAAAUAUUGAGCUACCAAGUGACUUGGGCGAUUAUUUUAUCAGUUGGAUCGAAUGCAAGGAGAUCCAGAGUAUUCCAAAAGUAAAAGGGAAAAUAGCUCUAACCCUAAAACAGUUUAGCGAAACGUUUUUGACUGGGGACAUCACCGACUUUUUAAAAAACGAUCCACUUGAUUAUUAUGCUGAAUAUUCUUUAAAUUUACUUUACACUGUAAUGUGUUAUAUUGGCAAUUUGUUGAAAAAUAAUGCCAUUUCAAAACAAAUAGCAGAGAACUAUACAAGGUUUGUUGAACAUCUGAUAAAAAAUGGAUUAUUCAAAGAUUCUUUCAUACAUCUACUCUUAUGCAAUCCGAUCCUGGUAUCAAAUGUGACUUUUCUUGCUUUGCAAAAAGAGAAACCACAAUCAUUCGCAAAUAAUGCUACUGUCGAUAUUUUAAAAUGCUUGAUAGAGGCAAAAUUUAAUGUUGAUGAAUAUUUGAAAAUGUAUAGGAAAAAGCUACUGAUUUCUAUUUUGAAAAUUUUAUCUAAACCGCAAAAGUACGAAGAAUACCGAAUUAACUUGAGAAACUUGUUAUCACUUGUGCGAUUAGAGUACGACCAUUGUUUUGUGAUUUUCCGAAAUGUCUCGGAACUCUAUGAAAGUUUUCCAGAAAAAUCUGACAUCAUUUUAGAGAUAUUGACAUUUGCGCUGAGAUCCUUUUCAUCAAUUUGUAAAAGUAAUAAUGUUUUAAAGCCAUUCGAGCCUGAGAUGGUUAAACACCUGUCAAAAUACCUAGCUGGAUUAAAUAAACACGAAAUCGAAACUAGUGAUAUAUGCACAGCACUUUGCGAAUAUUUGGAGGUAUUUCCUCAUGAUGUUGGAAAUAUCGACCACAAUUUAUUCAAAUCGAUCAUACAAAGAUCUGAAUCAAAUAAGGGUAGCAUUCGUGUAGCAACGUUACUUUUAGAAAAAGAUAACAAAUAUAUAGAUGUAAUUAAAGAAUGUUUGGAUAUUGUAUGCGAGAAAAAGUCUAUUAUUUUACCGUUAGUGCAAAUUUUAGUUGCAAAAAAUGUAGACGAUGAGCUACUGCUGAGCAUUUUUCAAAAAAUAAAACCCGUUUUGUUAAAAGCUUUGCAGAAACCACAAAAAGCUGGGCAACAUUUUCACCAAAAUUACACGGGAACUGGUACGAUCCUCCAAAAGUUUUUUGACUCGGCAGAUUGCGUCGACUUCGUGCAAAAGGUUCAGAAGUUUGAAGUGUCCGAAGUUUUUCAUGUACACUUCCUUUCUACUGUAUAUAAAAAGGUUAUAGAUGAAAAUAUAAGUGGAAAGUAUAUAAAUAAUAUAGUUUUAACUCUGAUCCAUCUUCAGUUGCCGGUUUUAAAGCGCAAUUUGACAACGGAAGAAGAUAUUUCCAAACUUAAGCAAAUAGCAACUAUAUUCGAUAAUAUUCUGCAGAAUUUAAAACUGUAUUGUUCAGAUAAAGGUCUCCAAAGCAUAUGCAAUAACGAUUCGUUCAAGCUAUACUGUAAGUACUGUUUAAAAUUCGGCAUCCCGCGCCAAACAAUCCUCCUUAAGGUGCUACAAAAGUUACUGGGUAAUCUAGUGGAUAGUUUGGAUCCUGACUAUGUAAAACUAUUGAUGGACAUGUUUGUAUCCCAUUCUGAGUUCCUAGAGAAAAUGUUGGGGGAAAAGUGUGACCUGAAGGAGCAGAUUCUGAAGUUGUUUUUGACAUUCUGUCAGCAUUGGCCCAAUCUGAUGCAGAGGUGCCAUCUACCGGUACUUCUCGCAAGUUAUACUGCCAUGGUUAAUAGGUGUGAUAUGGUGAUAUUGACGCUACUGAAGAUGUUAGUAGAUAAUUCCAAGAACGAAAUACAUUUAUACGUGACCAGAUAAAAUGUUUCCAGGUACGAAUCACGUGCUGAAACAACGAAAUUCUACGACUUCAAGCCCUUUCUUUGGGGCAAAGCGGCAUCCAGCCAUUACUCAGUCCGAUCAAAUGUUGAGAAUGUACUCUGGAGACAUCCUAAGAUGAGUGAUGUUCUUGAUAUUCUCCAGGAAAACUUAGUUAAUUCAACAAUAAUCAAUUACCCAUUUAGGAACAGUCUAGAUGUGGGUAUAGAGGGAAAUCAAGUCCAAGAUGAUGCGGAGAGUUAUGACCUAAAAUUCUUGUUGCUUGUUUUUAGUCAGUUGUUGGCACCUGAGCAACUAGUACAAACCUACAAGUUCUCCCGAUCAGGGGCUCUGAGUUUGACUGUCGUAGCUUUAAGCAGUCAUUGUACAGAAGUGAGGCAGGCUGCCUCCCAUGUUCUCUCACGGUUCUAUUUUCAUUUAGAAGGGAGGCAAUCCGGAAAAGAUACCCCGCUUUGGAUUAGAUACGUUGAUGCUGUGUGCAAAGGUGCUGCAGCAUUGCCAAACUUCAAAAUCAACAACUUUGCAUCUAUUUACCUUGCCAAAAUGGCAAUGGUGCUCACACAACCAACUGACGUCAUGUACCUACCUCUCUCCCAUUAUUUGACUGCCAAAUCCGCGCUGGACUUUAGCACUGUUCCUGAACUGUACACUUUUCUGCACAGUUCAGACGUUAACUACAAAGAACACAGACAGUUCAUCUUAGAAUUAUUGAGAGACGGUUUGAGAUGUACGAAAGAUAUAGCCGCGUUUCUCAAAUCCAUGGCGUGGAAGUUGAUCUCGGAACUGUAUGUUAGUUGCGUAGCGGAUUCCGAUACAAAACUAUUGAUUCUCGAUGUGUUUAUAUCAGUGUGUAAAAUACCCGUAGGUGUUAGAGUGUUAUGUGAAAAUCAUUCGUUUUUGUCCCAAAUUACCUGCGAUGUACAAUCUAUUUUAGACAGUGCGGUGAAAGAUAACUCGGAAAAUAUUUUUCUGAAUAAGUUCCUUCAGAUUUUGUUGUACAUAUUAAAAGGUUUAAAUGGAAGAACUGACGCUUUUAUGAUAUUUGUAAUCUUGGAACAAAUACUAUCUAGCGAAGUAUUUGAUUUGGUAGUUAAAAUGAAUGAAAGGAUAUUAUAUCAAGCUAUGUAUCUAACUUACGAGAAAUGCCCUGAGUAUUUUUCAAACGAGAUUUUAGAUAAGUUGUUAGAAAGAAGCGACGAUGCGUUUUGUAAAUAUGUUAUCGAGUAUGGUUGUAAAUUUGUAGAUAUCAAAACAUUGGAUCAAAAUGAUGCUAGAUAUUAUUUGAGGCUGCUAAUCAUAAAAAUGAAAUCGUAAGGAACAUUUCUCGAAGGAACAGCUAUUUUGACACUGUUAUGUACGUGGACCAGAUUUUAUAAACAUUUUAACAGCAUAUCAGAUAGAACACUAACGCUCAGAAUGGUUUCAACCAGCUGGAAGUUGCUGGCCUAAUUUAUGUAGGAAUAACGUUUAAAGGUCGAAUACACGUUCACACUUAGUUCUGAAAUCUAGCCCAAAGGAAUUCGUGGUGAAAUUGCUAACAAAAUUCUUGCUGCAUUUAAUUAAGAACUAUAGCGUAUAGUUAGCUAGGUGGUGAACAUCUCGUGUUCACAGUUAUUCUGAAUUAACCUAGAAUUUAGGUGUGCUUGGGCUCUAAUAGGAGUGAAUAGUGAAUCGAUAUGGCUUAAACUUUAUUUAAAUUGUUUACAGUUAUGAAAUACUGAAACAGGUCUUAUUGUGACAUCGGACGAUAACUCCGUUAUUACUCAUAACUAAAAAAAUUAAAUACAAAAAUUGUAGCCAACAGCUCCUGAUUCACAACUACGUGGUGACUUAACAUACAUUUUUUUUAAUGGAAAAGUCUUCAAUUUAUUUAAAAUUUGGAUAGGCCUUUUCAAACAAAUCAAUUUAAUAUAACAUACUAUAGGGAUUUAUUUCCAUUCUAUCGAAAAUAGCAAUAAAUUUUGUAACUGUUAUUGAAUUGCAUUUGAAUUUUUUGCCAAAAAAUUACCGUUCCCACAUUUUCUUCCUAUUUAUUUACCUUUUUGAGCUUCUUGAACAGUUUAUGAAGGGUCAAUGAGGCGAAAUGAACUAUUUCUCCAAAUUUUCAAAUGGAACACCCUGUAAAGAUUCGCAUUUUUCAAUUUCCUUUUUCACAAGCCUUUCUCUCAUUAUAAGGUUUAUUGGAGUUUGUAUGACUGGAAACAUACAGACACCUUGAGUUUUUGACCUUAUUUCAUGAAUCUGGGUAGAUUUAAUUUAUAACAAAAAUACAAUUCUACCUCCCAUUACCAACUAAAAGCUGUUUAAUUUUGAAAGGUAUUGUAAUAUUUCUCGUUUAGCUUGAUAUCUGAUUUACAAAAAGCUCAGCCUGAACUUAAGAACCAGUAGUACAAUCCUCCAUAAACAUUAUGUCAAAAAAGAAAAGGAAUCAAGGAAUGCGAAAAUAUACAGUGUGUUCCAUUUAAACAUUAUCCUUUAUUUUGCGUUCUUGACCAUUAUGUUGUGUAAACUGUACAAUAGACUGAAAAAGUAAGUGAAUAGGAACAAAAUAUGGGAUCAUAAAAUUUCCUGACGAAAAAUUCAGUACUCUAGCCAGAACAUUUGUGAUGGUGCGAGUUGUCAGCUUUUUCAGUUUUAGUUUGUCCAGUGUCUCAGCAGCUUGAAAAUAAGUCCCUACGUAGUGUGUUGUAUAACGUAGUUUCGAAUCAGACUGACGAGGUAAAAAUAUUUUACCCGUAAGGAGUUAUCGUCCAAGUCCACACUAAAAACUCACCCUGUAUAUAUAAUGUUUGAAAACCGCAUUUCAUAGGUACCUAGGAAAUGUAUGCCUAAAUAUGUUUUAUCUUUGUUUUAUUAUGAACACUGUUUUUCAGUGUCAAUUUUUAUUCAUAUAUUUUAUAAAAUGUGAUAAUAAAGCUAUACAAAAAAUA